GGCGCUCGUUCGUUUUGGCUCAACGUCAUCUCGAGGCUGACGAGGCCGCCCAGCCAUGUUGAGAAGUCUGUCAAGCAAAGUGCAGCCCGCCAUUGUGUAGACACCAAGCAAGCAGGCUCUGGAGGGAGACAGGGGCGCUCGGCUCAACAAAUCACCCUUAGCUACGCCAAAUUCUCCAGCCUGCCGCUCGUAAUAUACGAGGGGAUAAAAAGACAUGUCAGCCAGCAGCCUCCUCGAACAGAGACCGAAAGGCCAAGCAAGUAAAGUGCAAAACGGAGCUGUGACCCAAAAGGAUUCCUUGAAUGAUGAUGAGUUUGAGCCUUAUCUGAGCACUCAGGCCAGACAGAGCAAUGCCUAUACGGCCAUGUCGGACUCCUACAUGCCCAGCUAUUACAGCCCCUCCAUAGGAUUUUCCUACUCCCUCAACGAGGCAGCAUGGUCCACCGGCGGGGACCCUCCUAUGCCUUACCUGGCCUCCUAUGGACAGCUAAGCAACGGGGAGCCCCACUACCUCCCGGAUGCCAUGUUUGGGCAGCCGGGCCCCUUGGGAAGCAACCCCUUCUUAGGCCAGCACGGCUUCAACUUCUUCCCCAGCGGCAUCGACUUCUCGGCAUGGGGGAACAGCAGCUCUCAGGGACAGUCGGGCACGCCGCAGAGCUCCGGCUACAGCAGCAGCUACGCAUACGCUCCCAGCUCCCUGGGAGGUGCCAUGAUUGAUGGACAGUCCCCCUUUGCGCCCGCUGCCAAUGAACCCCUAAACAAGGCGCCCGGUAUGAACAGCCUGGACCAGGGCAUGGCUGGUUUAAAGAUCGGGGCUGCAUCUCCUGGGGGAAGCGGGGAUAUGGCUCCUAAGGUGGUCGGCUCUGGCUUACCUGGAGGGGGUCCUCUUGGCCCAGUGUCUUCUGUAGGACCCCCGAGCAUGCCCCCUGUCUCAAUUGCCCCCGCCAAGCCUGCCUCGUGGGCAGACAUCGCCAGCAAGCCAGCUAAGCCUCAGCCCAAGCUGAAAACCAAGGGUGGCAUGGCCGGGGCCAAUUUGCCACCUCCGCCCAUUAAACACAACAUGGACAUCGGCACCUGGGACAACAAGGGGACCGUGCCCAAAGCGGUCACGCCUCAGCAGGUGCCCCCAAAUCCCAGCAAUGGGCAGCCACCCAAUCAGGCGUCCCCCCAGCCUGGAAGUAUGGCGGCAGGGAACCCACAGAUGCCCCUCAGCAAUGGACAGCUGGUACCCCCAGUCUCCCAGAUGGGGCAGCAUCAGCUACCGCCGAGUGGGCAGCCCGGCAUGGCUCAAAUGCCCCAGCCGCCUCCGUCUCAGGGCCCCCUGCCUCUGCCUAGUCAACAGCAGCAGGCUGCCCAGCCCACCCGCUGGGUGCCCCCUCGGAACCGGGCCAAUGGAUUUGGGGAUGGUGGCGGGACCGGUGCGGGCCAGUCGCCCCCUGCCUCCUCCGGGGUGGGCAUGGUUCCCGGGGUGCCCUCUGAGCCCCACCCAGUCUUAGAGAAGUUGCGUAUGGUCAACAACUACAACCCCAAGGACUUUGACUGGAACCCCAAGCAAGGCCGCGUGUUCAUCAUCAAGAGCUACUCGGAGGACGACAUCCACCGCUCCAUCAAGUACAACAUCUGGUGCAGCACGGAGCACGGCAACAAGAGGCUGGACGCCGCAUACCGCUCGCUGGGCGCCAAGGGGCCGCUCUACCUCCUGUUCAGCGUCAACGGCAGCGGGCACUUCUGCGGCGUGGCCGAGAUGCGCUCGGCCGUGGACUACAACACGUCUGCCGGCGUGUGGUCACAGGACAAGUGGAAGGGGCGCUUUGACGUGCGCUGGAUCUUUGUCAAAGACGUUCCCAACAGUCAGCUGAGACACAUCCGGCUGGAGAACAACGAGAACAAGCCGGUGACCAACUCUCGGGACACGCAGGAGGUGCCGCUGGACAAGGCCCGGCAGGUGCUCAAGAUCAUCGCCGGCUACAAACACACCACCUCCAUCUUUGACGAUUUUUCGCACUACGAGAAGCGUCAGGAGGAGGAGGAGUGUGUGAAAAAGGUGGAGGUCCAAGGCAGCGAGCCAUAUCCCAGCAACCCAAACAACAGGAGUCAUUACAGGCUGCAGGAUCGCCAGGGACGGCUCAAGUAACAGUUGGUGCUUUUGUCAAAAGACUGCAAAGCCCCCACACAUCCCCAACCCUCAAACCUCCACACACCUGCCCUCCCCUCCCCAGCCAGCCAUUGCAUCAUCACAUCCACACGUCUCUUUAUUAGGAAAUCCUAAAAUGGGCUGAAGAAUUAACCGAGGAUAAGAAUAAAAACAUGAAGACUUUAUUGAUUUCUUUUGACUUUGAAGACUUACUUGGAACUUGUAGUAAAAAAAACAAAAAACAAAAAAGAGACAAAAUAUUAUUCCUAGGACUACAACUUAAUGCAUAGCAUCCUUAGGUGAACUCUUGUUUUGCCAUUCCACUGCAUAUGCUCCCCCCCCCACCUUUGUUGUUUUUAGUGAAAGAAUCUCUCUCAUCUUUCUAUUUUUUUUUUUUUUUCUUUCUGACUUUUUUUUUUAUUUUUAUUUUUUUAUAAACGUUCCAAGAGCAGGUCCGCGAUGGUCACACCCACGUUUGCUUAAAAUGGAUGGGACGACUCCUGCCUCAUUUUUGCAUCAUCUACUGAGGACAAGGACAUUUUUCCUCCUCAGCAGAUUUUCAUCACCGACAACCAUGUUCUUCAAAUGGCUCCCAUGUUUUUUGGUUUUGUUCCUCUCUAGCUCUGUCUGUUUAUCCCUCUUUCUUUCUCCUGGAGGUGACGUUCAGAAUAGCCCCCCAUUUUGUUUUUGCAUGUGUCGGGAAGGAUCGCACCAAAGCUGUUGGAAAGGGAGAUGACAAAAUGGAGGGUCAAGUGUGUUAAAGCAACAGCAGAAGAAGUUAUGAGCCUUCCUCGGAGUUUCAUUUAAAAGGGGCCCCGCUAACUAACAGCCAUCAUUGGACAUAAUUUCCCCGCCUUUUCUUUCCCUUGGACAGUUUGAUUCAUUGUUGCAAUGGGCUGCUUUCUUUUUGCAGUUUUUUUUGUUUUGUUUGUUUGUUUCUCCCUUUUCUAACGACAGCGAUGCGAGUGGCCUUGUCCCCGCUCUUUCUAUUAAUCUGUUCCAAAGUAAUAAACGUGGUAUAUUAAGCAGAACUGGUGUGUAUUCCCCUUGUUUGACUCUUAAGAUGAAGAAUGUCUUUAUUUUAAACCCGUCCAUCUCAAACAUGAGUUUUCAUUGCUUUCCUCUCUACUAACUUGGCCUGCCACAACAUUCCCCGCUUUCCAUUUCUGACCACUUAAGCCAACCAUAAUCAAAUUAGCUUCGAUUUUAUUUCUUCAGAAUGACAUUUUUGCAAAGUUUCAACAAGAAAAAAAACACGCACGGUCCUCUUUCAGAACUACUGGCUUUUAUUUGUGGCAGAAUAAAGAUGCUCCACAAAGUGA